AACUUGAGCUUUCCCCAUGGAUGAGUCAAACAUAACGUUUCAUCCCAGCGAAGGCACAGAGAACAUCUCAAUGCACAGAAACAUUUCUACACAGGAAAGGGUCUGGGAGAUAUUGACCCCACUUUGGGUAAUUAUGAUCAUCUCCUUCCUGGGUUUUUGUGAAAAUGGAAUUGUCCUCUGGUGCCUCUGCUUCCAGAUCAAAAGAAACCCAUUCACUGCGUACAUCACACACCUGUCCAUUGCCGAUAUCUCCUUACUGCUUUGUACCUUUGUUCUGUCAAUUGAGUACAUUGCUGGGUUUGGAUUCGCAUAUGGUUUUUACUAUUAUAUAACCACCACACUAUCUAUUGUCUUCCUUCUUGGAUAUAAUACUGGUCUCUAUCUCCUGACAGCCAUAAGUAUUGAGAGGUGUCUGUCUAUUGUUUACCCCAUCUGGUACCGAUGCCACCGGUCACAGCACCAAUCGGCAAUUGUCUGUGCAAUUCUGUGGACUCUGUCUUUUCUAAUGACGGUAGCCGAAUACUUAACAUGCAAAGAUGAUUCAAUGAAGGAACAAUUCGACAAUGGCAACCAUUGCCAAGCACUGCUCAUCUUCACAUGGAUCCUGACUUUCAUGAUCUUCAUUCCUCUAAUGAUUCUGUCCAGCCUGAUCUUGGUUAUCAGGAUUCAUCGUAACUCCCUGAGACCUCAUUCAUCAAAGCUCUACAUCAUCAUUGUGGCCACAGUCAUUGUCUUCCUCAUCUUUGCCAUGCCUAUGAGGCUGUUGUAUCUUCUGAAUUACCACCACUGGUCGUCUUUGCUCAGCCAGCAGAACCAUGUCACCGUUGUUCUCUCCACAGUUAACAGUAGCAUCAACCCCCUUGUUUACUUCUUCGUAGGAAGCAGCAAGAAGAAGAGGUUCAAGGAGAGCCUCAAAGUGGUUCUUAGUAGAGCACUUGCUGAUGGGUUGCGGCCGAGAAGCCAGGAAGUUGGCAUGAGUUUGGAUAUAGCUGAAACAAUUUUCUAAUUGGAAUUAUUUUCUAAUAAUUGGACUUGAAAGGUUUA